AGCAAAAUGGGAGCUCAUGGGAGAGAGAGAUGGGAGAGUUUCUUGGCAGGUACAAGUGCAAAGGAGCUGCCAUCAUGUACAGAUCUCAAGUACCUUAUAAGGGGAGGUAUUCCCUAUCAGUAUAAGGGGAAGGUAUGGCGCCUGCUGAUUGACUGCCACGUCUCACGUCUAAAAGCUGCUGUCCCGUCCAACUAUUACCAAGAUCUGCUUGCAAGAAGAACGGUGACGGCAACGCUUGAUCCGGCAGCCAAGCAGAUUGAAUUGGACUUGCUUCGCACAUUGCCAAAUAACCGUCACUAUGAGACUUACCACUCAGACGGUAUAGCCAGACUGAGGCGAGUCUUACUAGCUUUCUCAAGACAUAAUCCUCAAGUUGGUUAUUGCCAG